CUUAACCUCUUUUUGCUAUAGCCAUAAUGCCAUAACGAUAAAACAAGAAUUUGUGAGCUCCCUAUGCAAUGUACAGUUGUAAAUCUAAAGUUAAGAGAAAUGCAAAGGCAAACAAAUAACGUAUGGUUAAAAUGUAUAAACUCUAAACUCUAAACCAUUGAUCCAGACUGAUGUGUUGUCAUGGGGAAAGAAUACAAACAGAAGCAAAAUUUUAAGCAGAACCAAACCAGCUAUACCAUCAGGGAGUGAUGUAUUGAAACAUGUUAAAAGUCCAGGAACAAAGAAUGAUGUGGCAAAAUUUGAAGACUUUCUGAAGAGAAGAGAUUAUACUGGCGCUAUUACAUUGCUUGAAGUAAGUUAAUAUUUUUAGAAAAGAGUUAUACAGAUGUUUUUGCAGUUUAAUAAAUUGUUGGAACAAGAUGAUAAUGCUCAUCUUUGGAUUGCGUAUUGUUAUUUUCAUUGUGGAGAUUAUAAGAAUGCAUUGCAAACAUAUGAAAGAUUGUCCAAAAAGGAGUCAAAAACAAAAAGUUUGUUUGUCAAUAUUGGUUGCUGUUACUUUUAUCUGGGAAUGUAUCAAGAAGCUCAGGACAUACUGCAAAAAGCACCUUCUUCUGAUUUGAAAGUUAGGUUAAAUUUUCAUAUAUCUCACAAACUAAAGGAUGAAGCCACAUUAAUGGAGUAUCACCAACAAUUACAAGAUAUUUUGGAGGACCAGUUAAGUCUGGCUGCAAUACAUUACCUAAGGUCACAUUAUCAGGAAGCAAUUGAUAUUUAUAAGAGAUUGUUGCUUCAGAACAGGGAUUAUAUUGCUUUAAAUGUUUAUGUGGCCCUGUGCUAUUAUAAAUUGGAUUAUUAUGAUGUGUCCCAGGAGGUCUUGGGUUUGUACUUGACCAAAUAUCCAGAUUCGGUGAUUGCUACUAACUUAAAAGCAUGUAACACCUUCCGCUUAUAUAAUGGAACUGCUGCAGAGAAUGAGUUAAGAACCAUCUUUGAUCAAACUGCAAAUGUGGGGUUUGGAUAUGAUUUAGUAAAACACAAUUUGGUGGUAUUUCGAGAUGGAGAAGAUGCUAUGCAGGUUUUCCCUGCACUUGUUGAUGUGGUACCAGAAGCACGUCUAAAUUUAGUAAUCCAGUACUUAAGAAAUGAUGAUAUUAAAGAGGCUUAUAAGUUGUUGAAGGAUUUGCAGCCAGCUGUACCACAGGAAUAUAUCCUCAAAGGUGUCGUUAAUGCUGCACUGGGCCAAGAAAUUAAUUCUACUGAGCAUAUUAAAGCUGCAGAAGAAUGUUUUCAGUUGGUAGGAAGUUCCACAAGCGAGUGUGACACUAUACAUGGCAGGCAAUGUAUGGCAGCUGCUUAUUUUUUGUCUGGACAGUUUGAGGAAGUUUUAGUAUACUUGACGUCUAUAAAGAGUUACUUACAUUCAGAUGAUACAUUUAAUUUCAACUUUGGUCAGGCCAAAACGGCAUGCAACCAAUAUAGAGAGGCUGAAGAAUGUUUUCUAUUAAUUCAGGAUCCUAAAAUCAAGAGUGAUUAUAUUUACAUUUCUAAUUUGGCACGAUGUUAUGUGGCAAAUAAAAAGCCUCAGGACGCGUGGGAGCUUUACUUGAAGAUGGACACUAGUCCCGAGAGCUUUAACCUAUUGCUGCAGGUAGCAAAUGAUUGCUAUAAAAUGGGUGAAUUUUGGUAUGCAGCCAAGGCUUUUGAUAUGCUAGACAGGUUGGAUCCAAAUCCAGAGUUUUGGGAAGGAAAAAGGGGUGCCAUUGUUGGUGUUUUUCAGGGUGUGGUAGCAAAAAAGCUUCCUGUUGAUAUGUUGAGCGACAUUUUGCAACUCCUAAGAAGUACCACGUCAAGUCAGGCUGAUCAGAUCGCGAAAAUUGUUAGGAAAUGGGCGAAAGAUCAAAAACUUACUAUCAGUUAAGCAAAUUGUUUUUUGUGUAGUAUGGUUAUAAAAUACAAUUAAUGUUUUUUCUUCAAAGAA